UUCUUUAAGCAUCUCGAGGUUAACCAGAGACAAGUGACACUAUGGUUCUCAAAAUCUCAUCUCUCUUCAUGCUCUCUCUAAUUACCAUUGUAAAUGCUCAGCCCUAUUCUAUCGAUGUAUCCAACGGAGGAAAGUGGGGUGACUGGGGGAGCAUUGAGUGGUGCCCACGAGGAUACCUGGCCAAUGGAUUCUCCAUCAAGCUAGAAGAUAAACAAGGAGGACGUGAUGACACAGCUGUGAAUGGCAUUCGUCUACACUGCAUCGACCGUCACCAAGGCAAUAUGGGACUUACAAUUACAUCUUCACAAGCAAUAUGGGGCACAUGGACAUCACCACUUUGGUGUACAAACAGCUACUUGACAUCCUUCAUGUUGAAGGUGGAAGGACAACAAGGACUAGGUGAUGACACAGCUGUCAACAACAUCAAGUUUAAGUGCUCGAAUAAUCAUGAGCUGGAGGAAACUGGUCUUCCUUGGGGAAAUUAUGGAAAAUGGAGUGAAAUGUGUCACCUUGGUAUCUGUGGAAUCCAGACCAAGGUUGAAAAACAACAAGGAACUGGUGAUGACACAGCCCUCAAUAAUGUCAAGCUUUAUUGCUGUAAUUAAAUAUGAUGUAUACUGAAACACGUAAUCAUUCCCCAAUCCAUCUAUUGCUCGUGCUUUAAAAUCUCCAUAUAUAAAUUAAAAAUAUCAAUUCUAUUGCGUGUUCACACAAAAUCUUCUCCAUGUUUAAUCUUUAGACUGUAAGCUCGUCUGAGCAGGACCUAACCUCUUGUUCCUCUAAAUUUAA